AUGAGUGUUAAGGAAUACUUCUUAAAGUUCAUGAAGCUUUCAAAAUAUGCUUCCUCUUUGGUUUCGAAUGAUAGGGAUGAAAUGACUCGUUAUGUAAUGGGUGUGUCUGAAGAGCUUAAAGAAGAGAGUCGUGCAGCUAUGUUUCAUGACAACAUUGAUCUUUCUAGGUUGAUGGUUCAUGGACAACAAGUAGAGGAUAGUCGUCUAAGGAAGAGUAACAGAGAAGCUAAGAAGGGAAUGUCUUUUGAAUGUGCUUCUUCUAAGAGUAAGCCUGAUAUUCAAGGCAAGCCUAAUUUCAAGAAGAGGUUUUCAAAGAAAGUUCCUUCAAAUUUAUCCAAGACUCACAAUAAUAGGGUGUCUAACCCUAAAGAUCCAAAUGGGAGAAAUGUUGACCCACCAAGAGAAAGACCAAUUUGUGGUAAGUGUGGUAAGAAAUAUGUAGCUGAAUACCUUGUUGGAACUAAUAGUUGUUAUGGUUGCGGCGAAUGUGGUCAUAUGGUGCAAGAUUGUCCUAAUGUGAAUAUUAAAGGAAAGGGGAAUAGCCAAGCUUAA